AUGUCCCACUCCCUCCCUCUCCUCCUCCUCCUCCUCUCCGUCGUCUCCACCGCCUCCGCCACUACAAUUGGCGUAACCUACGUACCAGCUCCAUCUCAACCACCACCGGAAGAAGUCGCCAGUACACUCAGAUCUCUAAAAAUCACCGCCGUCCGCCUCCCUGUCGCUGAACCUUCUGUAAUCCGAGCCUUCUUCUACACUAAUAUAUCACUCUUCCUUUCCAUUCCAAACUCUCUCAUCCAUUCCAUAUCAACCAAUCGCUCCAUCGCCUCCCUCUGGCUCUACAACCACGUCGUCCCUUUCUACCCACGCGCUCUCAUCACCGCCAUCUCCGUCGGGACUAACGUCCUAGCUGACGGAAACGCUUCCUCCGCAGAUGUUCUCCUCCGCGCCGUACGUAACGUCCAUCAAUCACUUGUGGAUCUCGGGAUACGGAAAAUCACUGUCUCAACGACUUUCUCGUUUGUUAACAUCAUGAUGACGUCGUUUCCGCCUUCCUCAGCUGAAUUCGAAGAACCGACUAACAAUGUCAUCCUUAAACCCUUGCUCCAGUUUCUAAGUGAAACGAAUUCGUCAUUCUUUGUGAAUUUAUACCCUUACUUCGUAUACAAAUUGCGACCUGAGAUCCCAAUCGGUUUUGCUCUGUUUCAAGAAGAGACUUAUAACUUCAGAGACGAUGCCAUCACCGGCGUUAGGUACCGUAAUUUGUUUGAUCUUAUGGUGGAUGCUGUUAUCGCUGCAUUAACCAUCUCUGGACAUGAGAAUAUUCCGGUGGUAGUGACGGAGACAGGGUGGCCGAGCUGUGAUUCAGCAAAUGACGUAGAAGCACGUCCAAUAUACGCUGAAAUGUACCUACGUGGUUUGGUUUAUCAUCUCCAAUCUGGUAGAGGUACACCAUUGAGGAAAGAAGGAGUAGCUGAAGCUUACAUUUAUGAGGUAUUCGAUACAAACACUACAUUCACGAACCUACCAGCUAUGAGAGUUGGAACAGGACAGAACUGGGGGUUUUUGCACCCCAACAUGUCCAUGAAAUUUGAAAUUGAUUUCUCUGGAUGUUUCUCCACUACCAUUGGAGCACUGACAGAGAUCACUGUUCUUGGAUUUCUAUUACUGGUAAGUGGUUUAUUGCUGUUCUAG